AUGGGCACACAGACUGACCUGACUAUGGUGACCAUCCAGUCUUGCUCUGUCAGCGUUCCUCGCUGGAAUACCUAUGACAGAGGCAUCCAAUGGCCUGAAUACGAGUUCAAUUUUUAUGGCGAAGACUGGAAGGUGCAGCUGGACCACAUGUAUUUUAACAGCAGAUUUAAAUGCGUUCAGGAGUUACCCAACGUAGAACAGGAAGCGAUCAUAAAGGACCAUCAUCAAGUGUCUUCCACAUUGCAACAUGGCUCCUCCUCAGAGGAUUAUCGUGUCACCCAACAUGAACCUCUUAAGCAGGAGUCUGAACCUCACACCUCCCCCGAGACACCGGAAGGAUACUUCUUCUCCAAAUGUUCCCUGAGAAACAAGAAAACGUUAUGUAUCCUACAGGCCAAACUGGUGGCGCUCUUGAGACACAUGACUGAAGCACCACAUAUGGGCAGUUACAAGAGGCAGCGGACCAGGAAACUGCUGAGUCAGAUUGUGGAGAUCGUGUGUCUUGUGGCUGGAGAGGAUUUGAAGCUGGUGAAGAAGAAUGAAGAUCUCAGCAAGUUCUAUCAGAAGGAAGGACAGAUUCCGGUACGCUAUCAGGACGUUGCUGUGUUCUUCACUAGAGAAGAAUGGAAUUACAUAGAAGAAAAUGAAGAGCUUUACAAGAAAGAAAUCCUCAGUGACCCCAAUGAAACUAAAGAGGACCAAGUAGAGGACUUCAUAGAUGAUUUCGAAGAGGAUGCCGAUAUAACAGACGACCAUUUCUUUAAGCUUCUGGAAGUGAACUCACAAGGUCACAGUCCAGGAGCGGCACCAGUGGGUCGGAAAAGAAAAAAGGUGUUGCUGCCCACCAUGCCGUGUAUUCCGGAGUAUGUUCCCGGAGCACUAGGACAUGAGGACAGGGACUGUCCCAGCGACCGAACCUGCAAAUCCGAAUAUUUCUCAGAAGUUGCAAAUGAAGAAACUGUGAGUGACAGCCAUGACUUGAAGCCGCAGAUAAAAGAAGAAGAUUGUUCUCCAGAGGUAAGCACUGAAUGGAAUGCAACAGAUGACUCCCAUGAUGCAUCUGGCCCUAUGCUGUGGAUAGCAGAGGACGGCACCACCUCCACUCACUGGAUGCCAAGGCAUGACUCCUCUUCUGCCACACCCAUCCUGAAAAAGCAAAGAGGGCGCCAAAAAAAGCUUCUUGAGCAGCCGGUUGUGCCCUCGGAUACAGGCGGUGUCGUGUGGCACACCGCUCACAACCACACAGAGUUGGCAGAACAUUCUAAAAUUCUCCAGAACCUCCCAGCAUUGGACUGGGUCACCAGACAAAGACCUUCACAGGCAACGCUCAGUUGUGGCAUAUGCAAUAAGUGUUUUUACAGCGCGGCUGAACUGGAAACUCACCAAAUCACACACAGCGAGGAAACUCUGCUGAGCUGUGAAGACUGUACCAAGAUCUUUGAUGUCAAGAGCGAUCUUGAAAAGCAUAAAGCGAAGGAACAUGGCAAGCUGCGCUAUCCCUGCGAGGUCUGCGGCCUGCAGUACAAUUACCGCUCGCAGUAUAUUAUUCAUCAGCGAACCCACACUGGUGAGAAACCGUUUUGUUGCAAAGAGUGCGGACAGGCAUUCGGCCAUAAAUGCAGCCUGCUCAUACACAUGAGGAAGCAUUCGGGGAGCUCGCUGUUUGAGUGUGGCCGGUGCGGGAAACUGCUGGACACAGAGCAGGCCUUAGAGAAACACCGCAAACUGCGAUUCUGUGUCAACUGUAAGAAAUGCUUCACCCGCCGGGCGCUGAGACGCCACCUGAAAACGCACACGCCAGAAGAGACGGCAAAAAAAGACUGUAGUUAG